CAGAUAUCCAUGUACAACCUCAUCAAGGAGGUUAUAUAAAUACCCAGUGAUAAUCCUUAUUUUUUUUUUAUUCUUUUUUUUUAAACAAACAAGUCUCUAUUUACAUAAGCAUAAUAUGAGAGGAGCCGGACUCACAAUUAUUUCUUUGGCCGCUGCUGUGUCUACCGUAUUGGCUGGAUCCAAGAUUUCUACUUCGAGGCCUGCUGAUAAAGAAGGUCAAUAUCCACGUCUUGGUGCUUGUCCUGAUCCACAUGCCUGUAUUUUCCCUCCUGAUGUAUCUACAUUUCUUCCGGGUGCUUAUUUUGAUUUGAGGGUUGAGCUUCACGCUUAUGACAAAGAUACUUCUAAUCCUACCCCCGCUGCAUACAAGGAAUUUAAAACAACUAUCAGAAAGGAUCGUGGUGACUGGGUGGAUAUUAACACUUUCUUCAAGAUCAAAACUCAACCCAAGAUUGAGAACUGGAACUUUGAUUGGAUUGAUUCUAUUGAGACCCAAUAUGCCUCUAUUCUCAACAGCACAAGAAAGCCCAUCGAAGUUGCUGUUGCCUCUCGUGCCUGGAGAAAGUUGAAAAUUAACACGCCUGGUAAUUAUGAAGUCAAAGUGCAGUAUGGCCCUAAACAAUCUUAUACUGCAAUGUACACCAUCGUUGAGCCCAAGAAGCCCAAGAAGAAAGCAAAGAACGUUAUUCUGUUUAUCUCUGAUGGUACUAAUGUUGGUAUGAUCACUGCUGCUCGCGCUCUUGCUCGUAAACACACAUCUGGAAAAUACGAGAGUCUGCUUACCUUUGAAGACUUUGAUCACCUUGGUCAUGUUAUUACCAAUUCUCUUGACAGUUUAGUAACUGAUUCUGCCAAUUCUGCCUCUUCUUACGCCACGGGUCAUAAAUCGUCUGUCAACUGUUUGGGUGUUUACGCCGAUUCAUCCCCUAGCUCUUUCGAUGAUCCUAAGGUUGAACUCAUCACCGAACUCAUUCGUCGUCGUCAACCCAAGAAAGCUAUUGGUAUUGUUUCAACUGCCUAUGGUCAAGAUGCUACUCCAGCUGCUUUUACUAGUCAUACACGUCGUAGAUCUACUGCUGCAGAGAUCACUGAUCAAAUUAUUAAUGGUGUUGGUAAUUGGACCAAUAGUGUUGUUCCUGACGUCUGGUUGGCUGGUGGUGCUGAGUAUUUUACAGGCCCUCUUGCUCUCAACAAGAAAAAUUACUAUGAAAGUUUUAAAAAGGCUGGUUAUAAUGUUGUUAUGGACAAGAAAUCAUUAACUUCCAAUAAGAAAAAAAGUGACAAGCUCUUGGGUGUCUUCCGUAAAAGCAACUUGGACGUUUGGUUUGAGAGAAACUUGUUUAGUAAUAACACAGUUGGAAACAAGGCCCAUCCUGAUUUAAGUGGUGCUGAUGCUUUGGGAUCUAACCAACCUGGUCUUUCUGACAUGACUAUUGCUGCCUUAGAAGUUUUAAAGAAGCGCGGUGGCGAGAAUGGUUUCUUCAUGAUGUCCGAGGCUGCAUCUGUUGAUAAGCAAUUACAUAAGUUUGACUUCCCUCGUGCCUGGGCAGAACUUAUUGAAAUGGACGUUACUAUCAAAAAUACUAUUGCCUGGCUCAAGAAAAAUGGUGAAUACGAAGACACUUUAAUUCUUUUGACUGCCGAUCAUGCUCAUUCCUUUGAUGUUUGGGGUUCUGUCGAUUCUGAUUAUAUCAUGAGUCAUGACGAUGCCAGUGAUAUGCGUAACGCUAUUGGUAUUUCUUCACAAGCUGGUUGGCCAGGCUAUUUCGAUACAAAUGGUGAUGGCUUCCCCGAUAACUGGUCUCCUAAAGUCUCAUUAGCUGCUGGUACUAACAAUGGUCCUGAUCAUUAUGAAGCUUGGCAAACAAGUAUCAAAGGUCCUCGUGCACCAACUGUCUUGGGUGAAUUUGGAAACUAUGUAGGAAACCCUAAUGAUGCCGCUGGAAAGAACGGAGCAGGUCUUCAUUUUGAAAACAAUCUUCCUCACGGUGAAGAUCAAGGUCAACAUUCUAUGAGUGACGUUUUCUUAUAUGCUAAUGGUCCCAGUUCAGAGCUUUUUAAGAAGACUUAUGAAAAUUGGGAGCUCUUCUUUAAAAUAACUGAAGCCUUGGAUAUUCAAAAGCCUACCAAAAACGAAUAAGUUUUUCGUUCAAAUUUUCAGACCUUUUAAAGUUAAAAUAUUGUCCUGCGAUUAAUUAAUAAAAGUAUUGUCUUUAUGCUAUCACUGCAUUCUUCUUCUUUUUUUAUGAAAGUUAGAGCAUACGCGCUUUCGAAAUUACGAGUACAUAGAUAGCUCAAUACAAAAG